UCGCCGCUCCCACCUUCCGCCGCCACCCGGAGGGAAGCCGGAGCGACGGGGGUCACGGCGGCGGUCAGAGGGUAAAGGUCUUGCUCCCAGCAGCCUCCGCGGUGGAUACGUCGCCAUCUUGGAUCCGCGGGACAAGAAAAUUCAUGCGAGGGAGAAGUGGUGGGCGGUCCUUCCUGUGACACGACCCUUGAGUGACAGUUCUAUUUGAUUGCCUCCGGUACUGUGAGGAAAGGACACGACUCUAUGGUGAGGACUGAUGGACAUACAUUAUCUGAGAAAAGAAACUACCAGGUGACAAACAGCAUGUUUGGUGCUUCAAGAAAGAAGUUUGUAGAGGGGGUCGACAGUGACUACCAUGACGAAAACAUGUACUACAGCCAGUCUUCUAUGUUUCCACAUCGGUCAGAAAAAGAUAUGCUGGCAUCACCAUCUACAUCAGGUCAGCUGUCUCAGUUUGGGGCAAGUUUAUACGGGCAACAAAGUGCACUAGGCCUUCCAAUGAGGGGGAUGAGCAACAAUACCCCUCAGUUAAAUCGCAGCUUAUCACAAGGCACUCAGUUACCGAGCCACGUCACGCCAACAACAGGGGUACCAACAAUGUCACUUCAUACGCCUCCAUCUCCAAGCAGGGGUAUUUUGCCUAUGAAUCCUAGGAAUAUGAUGAACCACUCCCAGGUUGGUCAGGGCAUUGGAAUUCCUAGCAGGACAAAUAGCAUGAGCAGUUCAGGGUUAGGUAGCCCCAACAGAAGCUCGCCAAGCAUAAUAUGUAUGCCAAAGCAGCAGCCUUCUCGACAGCCUUUUACUGUGAACAGUAUGUCUGGAUUUGGAAUGAACAGGAAUCAGGCAUUUGGAAUGAAUAACUCCUUAUCAAGUAACAUUUUUAAUGGAACAGACGGAAGUGAAAAUGUGACAGGAUUGGACCUUUCAGAUUUCCCAGCAUUAGCAGACCGAAACAGAAGGGAAGGAAGUGGUAACCCAACUCCAUUAAUAAACCCCUUGGCUGGAAGAGCUCCUUAUGUUGGAAUGGUAACAAAACCAGCAAAUGAACAAUCCCAGGACUUCUCAAUACACAAUGAAGAUUUUCCAGCAUUACCAGGCUCCAGUUAUAAAGAUCCAACAUCAAGUAAUGAUGACAGUAAAUCUAAUUUGAAUACAUCUGGCAAGACAACUUCAAGUACAGAUGGACCCAAAUUCCCUGGAGAUAAAAGUUCAACAACACAAAAUAAUAACCAGCAGAAAAAAGGGAUCCAGGUGUUACCUGAUGGUCGGGUUACUAACAUUCCUCAAGGGAUGGUGACGGACCAAUUUGGAAUGAUUGGCCUGUUAACAUUUAUCAGGGCAGCAGAGACAGACCCAGGAAUGGUACAUCUUGCAUUAGGAAGUGACUUAACAACAUUAGGCCUCAAUCUGAACUCUCCUGAAAAUCUCUACCCCAAAUUUGCAUCACCCUGGGCAUCUUCACCUUGUCGACCUCAAGACAUAGACUUCCAUGUUCCAUCUGAGUACUUAACGAACAUUCACAUUAGGGAUAAGCUGGCUGCGAUAAAACUUGGCCGAUAUGGUGAAGACCUUCUCUUCUAUCUCUAUUACAUGAAUGGAGGAGACGUAUUACAACUUUUAGCUGCAGUGGAGCUUUUUAACCGUGAUUGGAGAUACCACAAAGAAGAACGAGUAUGGAUUACCAGGGCACCAGGCAUGGAGCCAACAAUGAAAACCAAUACCUAUGAGAGGGGAACAUAUUACUUCUUUGACUGUCUUAACUGGAGGAAAGUAGCUAAGGAGUUCCAUCUGGAAUAUGACAAAUUAGAAGAACGGCCUCACCUGCCAUCCACCUUCAACUACAACCCUGCUCAGCAAGCCUUCUGAAAAAAAAAGACUUCCCUUUUCUUGGGGUAUGGCUGUCUCAGCACAAUACUCAACAUAACUGCAGAACUGAUGUGGCUCAGGCACCCUGGUUUUAAUUCCUUGAGGAUCUGGCAAUUGGCUUACGCAAAGGGUCACCAUUUGAGGUCCUGCCUUACUAAUUAUGUGCUGCCCAACAACUAAAUUUAUAAUUUGUUUUUCUCUAGUUUGAGCAGGGUCUGAAAUUUUUUCAUUUAUUUCCUUUCUUGCCAGCAGACUUGAGUCUGUAAAGACAAGCAAAUACACUGACAGAAGUUUACCAUAGUUUCUAAAAUGUAAAAAAGAAAACCCACAAAAGACUCAACAAAAUUAGACCACAAAUUUUGCAUUGUUCAUUGUAGCACUAUUGGUAAUAAAAUAACAAAUGUUUGUGCAUUUUUAUGUGAGGAUCCUUCUCGUAUUUCAUUUGGAAAGAUGAGCAAGGUCUGCUUCCUUCAUUUUACUUCCCCUUCUGUUUUUGAAAGGCAGUUUCGCCAAGCUUAAUGCAAGAAUAUCUGACUGUUUAGAAGAAAGAUAUUGCCACAAUCUCUGGAUGGUUCUCCAGGGUUGUGUUAUUACUGAGCUUCAUCUUUCCAGAAUGAGCAAAACACUGUCCAGUCUUUGUUACGAUUUUGUAAUAAAUGUGUACAUUUUUUUUAAAUUUUUGGACAUCACAUGAAUAAAGGUAUGUAUGUACGAAUGUGUAUAUAUUAUAUAUAUGACAUCUAUUUUGGAAAAUGUUUGCCCUGCUGUACCUCAUUUUUAGGAGGUGUGCAUGGAUGCAAUAUAUGAAAAUGGGACAUUCUGGAACUGCUGGUCAGGGGACUUUGUCGCCCUGUGCACUAAAAGGGCCAGAUUUUCAGCAGCCAAGGACAUCCAUACCCAAGUGAAUGUGAUGGGACUUAAAGAAGUGAACUGAGACAAUUCACUCUGGCUGUUUGAACAGCAGCGUUUCAUAGGAAGAGAAAAAAAGAUCAAUCUUGUAUUUUCUGACCACAUAAAGGCUUCUUCUCUUUGUAAUAAAGUAGAAAAGCUCUCCUCA